AGAGAUUCAAUGAGCUGAUUUCUGAGAUGAGGAGGGUUAAUUUUGCAGAAAGCCUGAACAGGGUGCCAGUAUUUCUGUGUGAAAACAGAGUGCCUCCAAACAUCAGAAUGAAUAAAUCAGACUCCAAAGUGGCUGAAGGGGGACUGAACAUCAUGCUUACUAUCCGCCUACUUAUGCAUGGAAAGGAAGUUGGAAGCAUUAUUGGAAAGAAAGGAGAGACGGUGAAAAAGAUGAGGGAGGAGAGCUGUGCAAGAAUCAACAUUUCAGAAGGGUCCUGUCCAGAACGCAUUGUAACAAUAACAGGCCCAACAGAUGCUAUUUUCAUGGCCUUUUCAAUGAUAGCACAUAAAUUUGAAGAGGAUAUAAAUUCUUCAAUGACAAAUAGCACAGUGACAAGUAAACCACCUGUGACAUUACGUCUAGUUGUUCCAGCAAGCCAAUGUGGCUCUCUCAUAGGGAAAGGAGGUUCAAAGAUCAAAGAAAUCCGCGAGACUACAGGAGCCCAGGUGCAGGUAGCAGGUGAUAUGCUUCCAAACUCCACUGAACGUGCAGUUACUAUUUCUGGCACACCAGAUGCCAUUAUUCAAUGUGUAAAGCAGAUCUGUGUGGUGAUGCUGGAGUCCCCACCCAAAGGCGCUACUAUUCCCUAUCGCCCAAAACCUGCCUCUGCACCCGUCAUUUUUGCAGGUGGCCAGGUAAGAGCAGACACCAUUUUGGCUUCUGCAGGAAACCACAGCGUCUUGGCCCAACAUCAGUCAGCGCCUGCAUACACAGUUCAGGGACAGUAUGCAAUUCCUCAUCCUGACUUGACCAAGCUUCACCAGUUGGCUAUGCAGCAUACCCCUUUUACUCCCCUUGGGCAGACCACCCCUGGUUUCCCUGCAGCAGGAUUGGAUGCCACUGGUCAAACCAGUUCCCACGAGUUCACUAUUCCAAAUGAUUUAAUAGGAUGUAUCAUUGGCAGGCAAGGGAGCAAAAUAAAUGAAAUCAGGCAGAUGUCAGGAGCACAGAUCAAGAUUGCCAAUGCAACAGAAGGUUCCACAGAGCGACAGAUUACCAUCACAGGAUCUCCUGCUAAUAUUAGCCUGGCACAAUACCUAAUAAAUGCAAGGAAGUGCGCAAUGACAUCACCAGGCAUGGUUCCAGCUCAUGUGCGACAGUUGGAAAACCCAGUGCAGCAGCUGUGUCUGUGGUAAAGGAAUAAAGUCAGCUCAACCCUCGAUAGAAUGAAGUCCCAAUGAGGAGAACUACUUGGCCAUUCCCCGUGGGUUUGUAAUAAUGGGGUCUGACUGUAUAUUGUUAAUAUCUCCAAGUUGCAUUGAGAA